GUUUUUGUUGAGUGACGCGGCUCGGAUGUCGAACGAACGAUUUUCCAUGAAAAAUACGUAAAAGUGAUAGAAAAACGUUGAUAAAAACUGCUUUUUGGGCACUAAACUAUCAAAUAAGUGAACGCAUCCAAUAUGGAGCAGAUCCCACCCCCCAAGGAGGUGAAGAUCCUCGAAACAGCAGAGGAUAUUCAAGAGCGACGUGAACAGGUGUUAAACCGAUAUGAAGACUUCAAGCAAGAGGCUCGCGCUAAGCGCGAAAAGCUGGAAGAUUCCAGACGCUUCCAGUACUUCAAGCGUGACGCUGACGAGCUUGAGUCCUGGAUCCAGGAGAAGCUGCAGGCGGCUAGUGAUGAGAGCUACAAAGAUCCUACCAACUUGCAGGCCAAGAUCCAAAAGCACCAAGCCUUCGAAGCGGAAGUCGCAGCGCAUUCUAAUGCCAUCGUAGUCUUGGACAACACCGGCAGCGAGAUGAUAUCAGCUGGCCACUUCGCUUCGGAGACCAUCCGCAAGAGGCUGGAUGAACUGCACCGUCUGUGGGAGCUGCUGCUGUCCAGGCUGGCGGAGAAGGGCAUGAAGCUGCAGCAGGCGCUCGUGCUGGUGCAGUUCUUGAGGCACUGCGAUGAGGUCAUGUUCUGGAUACAUGAUAAGGAAACGUUCGUAUGCGCGGACGAGUUCGGCUCGGACCUGGAGCAUGUCGAAGUGCUGCAGCGCAAGUUCGACGAGUUCCAGAAGGACAUGGCGGCGCAGGAGUACCGCGUGACGGAGGUCAACCAGCUCGCCGAGAGGCUCGUGCUCGAGGGGCACCCGGAGAGGGAGACCAUUGUGAAGAGGAAGGAUGAGCUGAACGAAGCAUGGCAGCGUCUCCGCCAGAUGGCACUCAUGCGUCAAGAGCGACUCUUCGGUGCUCACGAGAUCCAGCGCUUCAACCGGGACGCUGAUGAGACGAUCGCAUGGAUCUCGGAGAAGGAUGUGGUGUUGGGAUCUGAUGAUUAUGGCAGGGACCUCGCUACUGUGCAGACUUUGCAGCGUAAACACGAAGGCGUGGAGCGUGACUUGGCUGCUCUAGAAGACAAAGUGGCCACCCUCGACGGAGAGGCGGCAAGAUUGGCCGGCAUUCAUGGGGACCAUGCUACCGCUAUUCACAGCAAACGGGAUGAAAUUACCAACGCCUGGCAGAGAUUGGUGGAGAAGGCUAAGGAACGUCGCCUAGCCCUCGAGUCCUCAUACGCACUACACCGCUUCCUAGCCGACUACCGCGACCUGGUGUCGUGGAUGAGUGACAUUCGCGCUCUGAUCGCAGCUGAUGAUCUGGCUAAGGACGUGCCUGGAGCGGAAGCGUUGUUGGAGAGACAUCAGGAGCAUAAGGGAGAGAUGGACGCGCGCGAGGACGUAAUGGCAGCAUGCAUAUCAAGCGGUGAAGCGCUUGUCGCCGGUGGACACCGCGGAGCCAGCGAAGUGCAGUCAGCGCUGGACGCGCUGCGCAAGGAGGCUGCAGCGCUGAACGCGCUGUGGGAACAGCGCAGGAUACUGUACUUGCAGUGUAUGGAUCUGCAGCUGUUCUAUAGGGAUACUGAACAGGCGGACGCGUGGAUGCAUAAACAGGAGGCAUUCCUUGCCAACGAAGACGUCGGUGACUCCCUCGACUCUGUGGAAGCUCUGCUCAAGAAGCAUGAAGACUUCGAAAAAUCUCUCGCAGCUCAAGAAGAGAAGAUCAAAGCAUUGGAUGAGUUCGCUACCAAGCUCAUUGAGGGACAGCAUUAUGCUGCCGACGAUGUGGCUCAGCGGAGAGAAAUGUUGUUGGAACGCCGUGCCGCUCUUCUAGAGAAAUCGAACCAACGCCGUGCGCUGUUGGAAGACGCUUACAAGUACCAGCAGUUUGAGAGGGACUGUGAUGAGACCAAGGGCUGGAUCAACGAGAAGCUCAAGUUCGCGACCGACGACUCGUACCUCGACCCAACCAACCUGAACGGCAAAGUGCAGAAACAUCAGAACUUUGAACAAGAACUACUGGCUAAUAAGCCGCGUGUGGACGAAAUAACUGUUACGGGACAUAAGCUGUUGGAGCAGGAGCAUUUUGCUAAACCACAAAUCUCAUCCCGCGUGGAAGAACUGGGCUCAUCCUGGGAGAAGCUGGUGCAAGCGUCCGACCUGAAGGGCUCCAAGCUGCAGGAAGCGGCCGCGCAGCAGCAGUACAACAGGGCUGCUGAAGAUAUCGAGCUGUGGCUCUCCGAGGUGGAGGGGCAGCUGCUCAGCGAGGACUAUGGCAAGGACCUAACCAGCGUGCAAAACCUACAAAAGAAGCAUGCCUUACUCGAAGCGGACGUGAGCUCGCACGCCGAGCGUGUGGAGGCGUUGCGCAGUCAAGCGGAGACGUUCAUUGAGAAGGGGCACUUCGACGCUAAGAACAUUCGGAACAAGAUUGAAGCGCUAGUAGCCCGCUACGCAGCUCUCGAGAAACCCAUGGCGGUGCGCAAGCGUCGUCUCCUGGACUCGCUUCAAGCGCAACAGCUGUUCCGUGAUCUGGACGAUGAAGCCGCUUGGAUCAGGGAGAAGGAACCGAUCAUUGCGUCUACUAAUAGAGGACGCGAUCUUAUCGGCGUUCAGAACCUUAUGAAGAAGCAUCAAGCCGUGAUGGGUGAGAUGGGCCAGCACGAAGCACGCGUGGAAGCUGUGCGAGCUGCUGGACAAGCGCUCAUUGAUGCACAGCACUUUGCAGCGGAAGACAUUAGUGCUAGAUUGCAGCAGCUGCAGAGGACCUGGUCGCAGCUGCACGAGAAAGCUCUCCAGCGUAAACAAGACCUCGAAGACUCUCUCCAAGCGCAGCAAUACUUUGCCGAUGCGAACGAAGCCGAAUCCUGGAUACGCGAAAAGGAGCCAAUGGCCAACACUCAAGACUACGGCAAGGAUGAGGACUCUUCUGAAGCGCUGCUGAAGAAACAUGAAGCACUACUGUCUGAUUUGGAAGCGUUUGGAAAUACCAUUAAAGCGCUUAGGGAGCAAGCUGAUUCUUGUAGGCAACAAGAAUCCCCCGUCGUCGACGUGUCGGGCAAGGAGUGUGUGGUAGCGCUGUACGACUAUGCCGAGAAGUCACCCAGAGAAGUGUCAAUGAAGCGCGGUGAUGUGCUCACACUGCUCAACUCUAAUAAUAAGGACUGGUGGAAGGUAGAAGUGAAUGAUCGCCAAGGCUUCGUGCCAGCGGCGUACGUGAAGAAGAUCGAAGCCGGUCUCUCCUCCAGCCAGCAGAACCUCGCCGACUCCAGCUCUAUUGCUGCCAGGCAGAACCAGAUCGAGGCUCAAUAUGACAACCUGUUGGGUCUGGCCCGCGAGCGCCAGAACAAACUCAACGAGACGGUCAAAGCGUACGUGUUGGUGCGUGAGGCUGCUGAACUGGCCACUUGGAUCAAGGAUAAGGAGAUGCACGCUCAAGUGCAGGACGUCGGCGAGGACCUGGAGCAGGUGGAGGUGAUGCAGAAGAAGUUCGACGACUUCCAGAACGACCUGCGCGCGAAUGAGGUGCGACUGGCCGAGAUGAAUGAGAUCGCCGUGCAACUCAUGACCGUCGGACAGACGGAGGCUGCGCUCAAGAUCAAGACUCAGAUGCAGGAGCUGAACUCGAAAUGGUCGUCCCUCCAACAACUGACCGCAGAACGUGCCGCCCAGCUGGGCUCUGCUCACGAAGUACAGCGUUUCCACAGAGACGUGGACGAGACGAAGGACUGGAUCGCGGAGAAGGAGCAGGCGCUGGCCACCACCGAGCUGGGACGGGACCUGCGCUCCGUGCAGACGCUGCAGCGCAAGCACGAAGGCCUAGAGCGCGAUCUAGCCGCCCUCGGUGACAAGAUCCGGCAACUGGACGACACGGCCAACCGGCUGAUGGCCACGCACGGCGACUGCGCGGACGCCACGUACAGCAAGCAGCGCGAGAUCAACGACGCGUGGCAGCAGCUGCAGGCCCGGGCCAACGCGCGCAAGGAGAAGCUGCUCGACUCGUACGAUCUGCAGAGAUUCCUCUCGGACUACCGCGACCUGAUGGCAUGGAUCAAUUCUAUGAUGGCGCUCGUGAGCUCAGACGAGCUGGCCAAUGACGUCACCGGUGCGGAGGCGCUGCUCGAGAGACACCAGACUCAGCGGCUGGAGAUAGACGCGCGUUACGGCGUUAUGCCGCAGGAGCACCGCACAGAGAUGGACGCGCGUGCGGGCACGUUCCAGGCGUUGGAACUGUUCGGCCAGCAGUUGCUGCAGGGUGGGCACUAUGCGUCUCUGGAUAUACAGGAGAAGCUCAGUGCUAUGGCUGAUGCUAGACAGGAGUUGGAGAAAGCGUGGGUGGCCCGUCGCAUGAAACUGGACCAGAACCUGGAACUCCAGCUGUUCUACCGCGACUGCGAACAGGCGGAGGGCUGGAUGGCGGCGCGCGAAGCGUUCCUCGCGCCGAGUGAGGCUGAUACUCCAGACGCACCUGAUAACGUGGAACAGCUUAUCAAGAAGCACGAGGACUUUGAUAAGGCGAUCAAUGCGCAUGAGGAGAAGAUAGCGCAGCUGCAAACGCUAGCGGAGCAGCUGGUCGCGUCGGAGCACUACGCGGCGGCCGACAUCGCGCGCAAGCGGCAGCAGGUGCUCGACCGCUGGCGGCACCUCAAGGAGGCGCUCAUCGAGAAGCGCUCCAGGUUGGGUGAUGAACAAACUCUACAGCAAUUCUCUCGCGAUGCCGACGAGAUGGAGAACUGGAUCGCGGAGAAGCUGCAGCUCGCCACUGAAGAGAGCUACAAGGACCCAGCGAACAUCCAAUCGAAGCACCAGAAGCACCAAGCGUUCGAAGCUGAGCUCGCAGCAAAUGCUGAACGUAUUCAGUCAGUGCUGGCGAUGGGCGGCAACCUCGUGCAGCGUGGACAGUGCAGCGGCAGCGAGGACGCAGUACAGGCUCGUCUCGCGUCGAUCGCGGACCAAUGGGAGUUCCUGACUCAAAAGACAACGGAGAAAUCUCUAAAGCUGAAAGAAGCCAACAAACAGCGUACUUACAUCGCUGCUGUGAAGGAUCUGGACUUCUGGCUCGGAGAGGUUGAAAGUCUGUUGACAUCCGAAGACUCCGGCAAGGACUUAGCGUCCGUCCAGAACUUGAUGAAGAAGCACCAACUCGUGGAAGCUGACAUCCAAGCUCAUGAAGACAGGAUUAACGACAUGAACGCGCAAGCGGACGCGCUGGUGUCGUCCGGGCAGUUCGACAGCGCGGGCAUCGGGUCGCGCAGGGCGGCGAUCAACGAGCGGUUCGAGCGCGUGCGCAGCCUGGCCGCGCACCGCCGCGCGCGCCUGCACGAGGCCAACACGCUGCACCAGUUCUUCCGCGACAUCGCCGACGAGGAGUCCUGGAUCAAGGAGAAGAAGCUGCUGGUCGCGUCCGACGACUACGGUCGUGAUUUGACCGGCGUCCAGAACUUGCUGAAGAAGCACAAGCGUUUGGAAGCUGAGCUGGCGAGCCACGAACCAGCUAUCCAAGCUGUUCAGGAAGCCGGCGAGAAGCUAAUGGAGGCUUCCUCCGCCGGUGGUGGUGCGAGCGAGAUAGAAGUGCGUCUCCGAGCCCUGGCUGCAGCGUGGGACGCUCUGCAGGCGCUCGCAGCAGACCGCGGCGCGAAGCUGCAGCAGUCGCUCGCCUACCAGCAGUUCCUGGCCAAGCUGGAUGAGGAGGAGGCGUGGAUCAGCGAAAAGCAACAACUGGUCGUGGUCGGUGAAUGCGGUGACAGCAUGGCCGCCGUCCAAGGCUUGCUCAAGAAGCACGAAGCGCUCGAAGCGGAACUCGCCGCGCGUGGGGAAAGAGUCAAAGAUCUCACCACCGAAGGGGAGAAACUGCUUGCAGCUGGCAACAUUCACGCGGACGCUCUAUCGCACAGACUACACGCGCUACAAGCCAAGCUGGACAAGCUAACGUCUCUAGCGGCGAGACGGAAGGCGGCCUUGGUCGAUAAUUCCGCGUAUCUGCAGUUGUUGUGGAAGGCGGAUGUUGUUGAGUCAUGGAUAGCGGAUAAAGAGACGCACGUGCGGUCUGAUGAGUUUGGACGUGAUCUGUCUACAGUGCAAACGCUGCUUACUAAACAGGACACGUUCGACGCCGGGCUGGCCGCGUUCGAGCACGAGGGCAUCCAGAACAUCACGGCGCUGAAGGAGCAGCUGGUGGGCGCGGGCCACGAGCAGAGCGCCUCCAUCGCCAAGCGCCACGCUGACGUCAUCGCGCGCUGGCAGCGCCUGCUCGCCGACUCGGCCGCGCGCAAGCAGCGCCUGCUGCAGCUGCAGGACCAGUUCCGCCAGAUCGAGGAGCUCUACCUGACCUUCGCCAAGAAGGCGUCAGCAUUCAACUCGUGGUUCGAGAACGCAGAAGAAGACCUCACGGACCCGGUGCGCUGCAACUCCAUCGAAGAGAUCCGCGCGCUCAGGGAUGCGCACGCGCAAUUCCAAGCGUCACUAUCAUCAGCGCAAAGCGACUUCGAAGCUCUAGCAGCUCUGGACGAACAGAUCAAGUCGUUCAACGUCGGCGCCAACCCGUACACCUGGUUCACUAUGGAAGCUUUAGAGGAGACUUGGAGGAAUCUGCGCAAGAUUAUCGCGGAGCGUGACGUAGAGCUAACCAAGGAGGCGCAGAGGCAAGAGGAGAACGACAAACUGCGCAAGGAGUUCGCGAAGCACGCGAACGCCUUCCACCAGUGGCUCACCGAGACACGGUACCGGCUGCUAGGCUGGGACGGUACUUCCAUGAUGGAAGGCACGGGCUCGCUGGAGCAGCAGCUGGCGGCGCUGCGCACGCGUGCUGGGGAAGUGCGCGCACGCAGACAGGACCUGCGCAGGCUUGAGGAGCUCGGCGCUGCGCUCGAGGAGCACCUGAUCCUGGACAACCGCUACACGGAGCACAGCACGGUGGGGCUCGCGCAGCAGUGGGACCAGCUCGACCAGCUGUCCAUGCGCAUGCAGCACAACCUCGAGCAGCAGAUACAGGCGCGCAACCACUCGGGCGUGAGCGAGGACGCGCUGAAGGAGUUCUCGAUGAUGUUCAAGCACUUCGACAAGGACCGGUCGGGUCGGCUCAACCAGCACGAGUUCAAGUCGUGCCUGCGAGCGCUCGGCUACGACCUGCCCAUGGUGGAGGAGGGGCAGCCCGACCCGGAGUUCGAGGCUAUACUUAACAUAGUGGACCCGAACCGCGACGGGCAGGUUUCCCUCCAAGAGUACAUGGCGUUCAUGAUCAGCAAGGAGACGGAGAACGUGCACUCGUCGGAGGAGAUUGAGAACGCGUUCCGAGCGAUCACUGCGCAUCAGGACCGCGCUUAUGUCACCAAGGAGGAGUUGUAUGCGAACUUGACGAAGGAGAUGGCGGACUACUGCGUGGCGCGCAUGAAGCCGUACGUGGAGCCCAAGUCGGAGCGCGCCAUUCCCAACGCGCUAGACUAUAUCGACUUCACUCGCACGCUCUUCCAGAACUAAAUAUAUUAAACCCAUUUAUCCACACAUAUAUUCGUCUUUUCAUUGCCACCCCCUCGCUAUAAGCUUUGCGCAAUAUCUUGUUUGAGCCGCGAUUAAGAUAUUUGCGGAUAAUUCGCCGUGAAGUUAGCUUCGUGUGUGAAGUUCGCGUGGCGUUUAGCUUGCAUUUCCAAUUCCAAUCAGACUUAUAUAAGAUACGGUCUUCAAUAUGAAGAUACAAUUAUACUGUUAGUAUACUUAGUGUUGGUGUGUAUUCCCUUCCUCUGAAUAGCAGAGGAAUCAGAAGCUGCCUUCGACGUUUUUCUUGCGUAUAUUCGUCUGAGUAUUUUCAUGGUGCAUUUACAAUAGCAAGCUAUAUAAUCGUAACUUAUAAAUUAUAUUAAAUAUUAUGGUAAUAUUGCCUUGGCUUUAGAUUCUAUUUAUUUUUUGUAUUCCAUUGACUAAUAAAUUUGUUUACCGUCA